AUGAGUUAUCAGUCUCGCAUUGAGCUUGUAUUAUACAUGAAGAUACCAUGGUUCUUUGGAGUUCUUGCAACACUUGGGUCACGGAGAAAAGAAGCAAAAAUCUUGUUCUUAGGACUUGACAAUGCUGGCAAGACUACUUUACUUCAUAUGUUGAAAGAUGAGAGAGUGAUUCAGCAUCAACUUACACAAUUUCCAACAUGCGAGGAACCAAGUAUUGGAAAGAUCGAUUUCAAAGUUUUUGACUUGGGUGGACAUGAAGCCGCUCGCAGGGUUUGGAAAGAUUAUUACACCAAGGUAGAUGCUGUUGUGUAUCUGUUUGAUGCAUGCGAGGCGGAGAGGUUCGCCGAAUCAAAAACGGAACUGGCAAAUCUCCUAAAGGACGAGUCUCUAGCAACUGUCCCAUUCCUUCAUACCACAGGCAAAGGAAAGACUGAUUUUAAUGCCUCAGUUGUACGACCUAUCGAGGUCUUCAUGUGCAGUAUUGUCCGCAAGAUGGGUUAUGGCGAUGGCUUUAGAUGGGUAUCCCAAUUCCUGAUGGGGCAUCAACUAGAAACAAUCUAUAUUUUCUUCUCUUUUUAUUUUUGAUUAUUAUUGUUUUUCUACAAUAUGGAU